GGGACUUGUGGACGGCAAGCGGGGGGGCCAGGGAGAAGUUUCCCUCCAAGACAAUUUCUCUACCGUUUCCAGGACGACCGCGAGUCAGCAGCUCUCGGUCGAGUUGGAACUUAAGAAGCCAAAGUCAGGAACGAACAAUCUCCCAUCUCCCUCGGUUCAUCCACCGUCCCCCUGCCUCUCAACUUCCCGAUGGUGUUCAAGUACUUGACGUUCAUCCCCAACGAUAAUUUCCUCAACACUCGCCCUGGCUCGCUGCCGGCCUUCACGCCGUCGCCGUCCCCGUCGGUGGCUUCUCCCAUCUGUAGCGGUUGCGCGGGCGUCAUCAGUAGAUUCGAUGAGCUGCAGCUUCGGGAUCGGUGCAGAGACAGAGGAGCUUUGGAGGAGACGCAGGACGAGAAUCCCGGGGGAAGGAAUGGUUCGGCGGGAAAAGCGAACCCAAUUGCCGAGAAGCAGGUCAAGGAAAUUGGCCUUAUAGCCAAGGCAGUUGAAGUUCUGGAUGCAAUUGGCGGUAGUAUGACAAAUUUGAACAUGAACAGCAGUUUCGUGUCAAGAAGUACAAUAAAGGAGAAGAUUAUAUCAGCUUCGGCCUUUGAAGUUGCAAAUACCAUCACAAAGGGUGCCAAGCUUAUGCAAUCCCUAUCAGAACAAAACAUUGUAUGUUUAAAAGAAGAAUUGCUCCCAUCAGAAGGUCUGCAAUACCUAGUAUCAACGGAUAUGGAUGAACUAUUGAGAAUUGCUGCCGCUGACCUGAGGGAAGAAUUAAAGUCUUUUACAAAAGAGGUGGUGCAGUUUGGAAAUCGAUGCAAAGAUCCUCAGUUCUACAAAUUAGACCGUUAUUUCGGGAAGAUGGAGUCAAGACCUGCACCAUGGACACUGUUAAGGAAAGACGCAUGGACAGUAAUGCAACAAUUAACGAAUCUGGUUCAGCCUACAUCUGAGUUGUAUUCCAAUUUACAAGCCUUAGGCAGAAUCGAGGAAGAUUAUCGCCAAAAGCUGCAAGAACAUAUUAGCCUUGAUGAGAAAGAUAAAAACCAGAGCCUUUCAAUUCUGAGGUCACAGCUAAGGAGUCAGAGGAGGCAUGUGAGAAUUUUAAAGAAGAAAUCACUUUGGUCAACGGCUCUGGAAGUGGUGGUGGAGAAGCUUGUGGAUAUUAUCCUUUGCAUCCAAAUGGAAGUUCUUAAAGCCUUUGGUAGUGCCGAUUGUGAAAGAGCAGCGGGAGGUUCUGCCAGCAAUGGUAGUAAAUUGGGAUCUUCUGGCCUGGCUUUGCACUAUGCAAGCAUUAUAACUCAAAUUGACACCAUUGUGGCUCAUUCGGGCUCUGUAACUCCAACAAUGACAAAUGAAUUGUACCAAAGUCUGCCACCAGAUAUAAAGUCAGCUGCACGCUUUUGGCUGCGGCAAGUUCAGAUUCAGGAAGAGCAUACAGUUCCAAUUAUUAAAGAUAAAAUGGAGAAGACACUGUCAUGGCUUGCUCCACUUGCUGCUAACACAAUCAAAGCACACUAUGGCUUUGCGAAACUGGGGGAAUGGGCAAAUAUGAGGUACUUCAGGUCCAGAGUAAACCAUAGACCCACUGACAAGGUUGACUUCACCAGAAUCAAUACUCUUUAUCAUGCUGAUAAGGAGAAAACUGACCCCUACAUGGUUGAACUGCUGUUCUGGCUUCACCAACUGGUCUGCAAGAGAAGGGCGAUGAACAAUGGAGUUAGCUGUUCACUUGAUUCAAUGGUUUCUUCUCUAAGCGAUGAAGAGAUCAGAUUAUCUUCUCCCAGUCCGCGUAAGGAUGUAAAUAAGAGGAAGCUAAUGCCAAGCACAAGUGAAACUCUGGAAUCUGAAACAGGAAGUCCCUAUUCAUGCUAUAUUAGUGAUUCUCCCAACAAUACAAGUCCAGGUGUUUCAGUUACAAUUCUGAAAACAUUAUCAAUGGACCUCGGCAUAGACAUGAUGACUACAUUGGAUGUCAUCGAUGGAAUUUCCGCCCCUUGAUGUUCACGAGCAAUCACAGUGAGAAAAGCAAUAACUACAGUUUGUACAAUAAUAGGUGUACAUCUACCUCCUGAAGUGAGAUGGUGGACAGUAAGACAUCAUUUGGAUAUGUAGCGGAUGCCAAAACGAUAUAUCACAUUGCCUGUUCGUCUCCUGGUACGGUUAGAAGAGUAUCUAUGGUCUUGCAAGACCAUGAAAACAUCCAUGUUGCGGCUGAUCAUAAGUGAAUGUGCUGGAUUCAGAUUUUUAUGUACGACUGCCUGCCGUGCUUUGCUUUCGCAGGUUGCCCAAUUCGAGGGCAGUGUAUGAUCAAGGUCUACCGUUCGGGUGAUGAUUGUUAGGAUAGUUAGGUAAUCACGAGUUUUGUUGUAAUCUAUGCUGUGAUCGCCCGUGAUUUCUUCCUGAUCCAGUAAUGCCUCAGUCUAAAUUCGCUUCU